AUGGCUGCUGGUUACAUUAAUCCAGGUUAUACCAAAAGCGAAAUUCGAUCACUUUAUGCUCAUCGCUAUUCAAAGGCUGUAGCGGAUUAUGAAGUGCUUUUGAACCAUCGAAGAUUGGUAGCGAAACUGACUGAAGUGCGUAGACUUAAAGAAGCUGAGCUCCGAAAGCUAACAGAAGCUGCCUAUAGGCAGUGUGCUACACGUAAUCGGGAACUCUACGAGUCAGAUCUGAAUAGGUUUUAUUUUCAAGACUUGAAAGCCCAGAUAGAAAUGAAUAAGCAAAUUAAAAAGACAGCGCAAUCAAUAGAGGAUUCAAUGCCAAGUGGCAAAUCUUUACCCAUUGGCUUAGAGGAAGAAGACUGUGCUAAAAAGCUAACGAAUGAAAUGAAAGAGAGGGCAAGGGCGUUCUUAUCCGAGAAUGAAAAAAGAAAGGCGAUGUUGGUGGAAAAGAAAUUAUCGGAAGCCGAAGAAAUGAAUGAACAAGUGAAAUUAUUUGAAAAGGAGAAGCAAGAAGCCCUGAUAAAAGCUCGUGAAAAUCAAAUGAAUCUUCGAAAUAUGUUGGAAAAACAGAUGGUAGAGAGGCGAAAAGAGCUCCAAAGACAAAAGGAACAGGAAGAUAAUGUAUCUUCCAUGUUGAUUGCAAAUGACUUGGAGAUAUAUUCAACCCAACAAGCUAGAACUGAACAGAGUAGAACGCAGUCGUACCAAAGGCUAGACGAGUACCUCCAAUAUGUUAGACGAUUUCAAAAGGAUAAAGAAAUUACAGACAAAUUAAGGGAAGAGGAAAUGAAGAAGAUUGCUGAACACGUCAUGGCUGAAGAUCGUAGAAACCGAAGACAACAGAGGGAAGCAAGUCGAGCCCUUGAGAGGGAAGUCAGAGAAACGCAGAUCAAACAGAUGAAGGACAAAGCGGAAAGUAAACUGAAACAAGACGACUGUGUACAUGGAAUUAGCAUUCUGGACCAACUUUUCACCUCAAGUGAUAACGAAACGAGGAGAAUUAAACAAAACGAGAAAAAGUUGAUUGAAGACUUAAAAGAGCAAAUACGAACGCGGACAGCAGAGGUUUAUUCAACGGAUUGGGGCAGCGCGGCAGGCGAUUUCACGCGGCAAUAUCGACCACCACCAGAGGGAAGCCAGUAUGAGUAUUUGAAUCCUUGGAGAAAAUCCAACUUGAUUAAACAGGACUCCCUAUCUUAUUGUAACGAAGGCUAA